AUGUUGCUAUUUAUUUUGUUAUGCUUCGCUGUUGACACAGUGAACUUUAUAUUCUGCUUCAUGCCGAACUCACAUCACAUCUACUUUCUCUAUGCAGAUCUUUUCGCUGCCGCAUAUGAUGGCUUCAUUCGUGAUUCACCGGAAAAAGCGGAUCUGGCAUCAUUGAAUUUAAUGACUGGCGACAUCAUCGUUCUCGCAACCGAUGGUCUGUGGGACAAUGUGUCGGAGGAGCAAAUUAUUCAACAGUUAUCGGGUAUCAAACCAGGUGAUCUACAGGUAACCAGUUGCUUCUAUCAUUCUUAG